GAAGGAUUCCUCAGACUCUCAGAGCUCAGGAGGAACCCAGCACAGAUACCUGAAAAGAUGGUGCGAGUCAUGACACUUCCUCUGCUAUUGCUGUUGGGCCUUUGGGGGCUACUGUGUCCACUUUGGGCUAUUCCUCCAGGUUACACCCCAUUUCAGUGGUUUGAAAUUCAGCACAUCCAGCCAAACCCCCUCCCAUGUGACCAGGCAAUGAUUGCUGUCAACAACCUUAUAAAGAGGUGUAAGCCUAGAAACACCUUUCUGCACGAUGAUCUCCAGAAUGUGACUGAUGUCUGUACACAGGACAACACAACCUGCAAGAAUGGUCAAAACAACUGCCACCAAAGUGUCUCUCCUGUGAACAUGACUGACUGCAUGCUCCUUAGAAAAAGCCAGUUUCCUAACUGCCACUACAGGGACCGCCCCAAAUUCGCAAACUUCACUGUGGCCUGUGACCCACCUCAGCAGGGCGACCCUCAGUAUCCCCUGGUUCCUGUGCACUUUGAUCAAAUUGUCUAG